AUGGCGGCCACUUCUAGAGGGUUCGCUUCUCACCUCGAUUUCAAGCUCCGCCGCCUCGCUUUCCAUCCGCGCCCUCACCCUAGUACUAGCAAUGGCGGCUUAGAGGAGCUGAGGAAGCGGAGGAGGUUCAGCCUUCGGGGCGACCGACGCGGAGUCAGUCGAAUCAGUUGCUGCUGCUCAGACUCGGUUGUUCCGAUUCGCUCCGGAAAGAACGCCGAGAAGGCGGAAGAGUGGCGGUUCGAUUCGAAGAAAAGGCCUCCUAGAGCUGGAGUGCAAGCCUCUGCUGCAUUGCCCUUCUUUGCUUCGUCGUCCUCGUCUUCUUCUUCUGCUGCUCAAUCUCAUUUUUUGUCCAGACAAGAGAAAAAUUACCCCCGCUGUACCCCUAGAAACUCUGGUCCACAAUCUCGUGACACUCCACCCAAACGAGAUACUGGUAUUGCCAAUGAGAAGGACUGGGGCAUCAGUUUGUUAACCGAAAAUGUAAACGAGUCUGGGACUAAUGAAGAUGGCAGUACAUGGUAUCGAGAAAGUGGGGAGGACAUUGGCGACAAUGGAUACAGAUGUAGGUGGACAAGGAUGGGCGGUACCUCCCAUGAUGCUUCUUCACAAUGGAAAGAAACGUGGUGGGAGAAAAGUGACUGGACCGGAUACAAAGAGCUAGGUGUGGAGAAAUCUGGUAGAAAUGCUCAAGGCGAUUCAUGGUGGGAAACUUGGCAAGAAGUUCUUCAUCAAGAUGAAUGGAGUAACUUAGCAAGGAUUGAGAGAAGUGCACAGAAACAAGCAAAAUCAGGCACUGAGAAUGCUGGAUGGUAUGAGAAAUGGUGGGAGAAAUAUGACGCUAAAGGCUGGACUGAGAAAGGAGCACACAAAUAUGGUAGACUCAAUGAGCAGUCAUGGUGGGAGAAGUGGGGAGAGCAUUAUGACGGAAGGGGAUCUGUUCUCAAAUGGACUGAUAAAUGGGCUGAGACUGAACUUGGAACCAAAUGGGGAGACAAGUGGGAAGAGAAGUUCUUUACUGGAAUAGGUUCGCGACAAGGGGAGACAUGGCACGUAUCUCCUAGUGGUGAACGUUGGUCAAGGACAUGGGGAGAAGAGCACUUCGGAAAUGGCAAGGUGCACAAAUAUGGGAAAAGCACAACAGGUGAAAGCUGGGAUAUUGUUGUGGAUGAGGAGACCUAUUACGAGGCUGAGCCGCAUUACGGAUGGGCAGAUGUUGUUGGCGAUUCUAGCCAGUUGCUUUCAAUUAAACCUCGAGAAAGGCCCCCUGGCGUCUACCCUAACCUUGAGUUUGGAUCAACGCCACCUCCAGCUGAUGAACCACCAGAGGAAUUUUCUCCACAAUGA